AUGUUUACUAUCUCGUCUGUGAUUUCCACGCCGUGCAACGUCGUGCAGCGACGAUCUGGUACGUGUGCGCUGUCUGCGAAAAGAUACGAUCGCGUUGUUAAGCGCGCUAUAACCAGAACUGACAAGUCGUUUUCCCACCGACAGUCAAGAAGCAAAAUGCCACUACCAAGCGAUCAGGUGCGUCGAAAAAUAUCCAUUUGCAUACGUUUGGUCACUAUGAGCGCGACUGCACCGCAAGAAAUGGGUAAACGAGUUGCUGGCUCCUUUGCGCUCUCUUCUAUGGUUAAUGUACUUCCGGCGCUCGCGAUCGUUGACGAUCGACUGAACGGUGACGGUACUGGCUUGCCUCUCGGCAUCAACGACGGCGCCUUGGGCAUCAUUUUGGCGACCGUUCCGCUCGCCAUCUUUGGCCUCUACUUUAUCGCUGGUAAGCAAGAUGCUUCCAUUGUAGCUGGUGGCAAGGACGAUGACAGUGGGCUCUCGUUGUAA